AUGAGAGACAAAAAAGAGCUUCCCAGUCGAGAACCUAACCGCAGAGGUCCAAGAGCUGUUCAGGAUCAAGACGAGAGGAUACCCCGGCGUAAAUCAAAGGUCGCGGAUCCUCAAGAUGACAGAGACCGAGACAGUCCAUUGACAAGACAUCGAUCAGUAGCCAUCCGCACUCACGAGAGAGAAAGAGGCCGAGACAGCAUCUCCUAUUACCAAGGUCGCUCUAGCCAUGCCAGCAAAUACAUGUCGUCGGAGGAAGCCCAAAAGGCCAUACGUACUCUCUUUAAGCAGGUGAAAGAGGUUAUGUCAUUCUUUGCCAAUUUCAGAGAGGAGUAUCAACGGGAAGUUCGUGGUAUUGAGGUAUACGCCGGCCACACCAUCUUGGAGAAGCUGUGGGAGCGCAAAAUCGAGGGUAAUGACAGCAAAGAUCUUCCGAGUAAGGGUCAGUCCAAAAGCGAUGUUGUUGGUGUGCAUUCUGGGUUCAAUGACGCUUCAUGUCGGCUUUGGGGGAGCCUCAAGGACGCGUAUGAGGGUGCUAGGACUCAUCCUUCCGAACAAAACAACGGCAUAGCUAGGAAGCUGGACAUUGCUAUAAAGGAUUUCCGCAAAUUGCUCGAGGAAGUUCGGACCAGAUCUCAGGGAAUGGACGGUCUGAUCAAGGAAUUAACAGUGCUCAAAGUGGUGCUGGAACUCGGUGGUGCUGGGACGGCAUCUCAUGACGACAGACCGAACCAACGGCCCAGGACCCAUGCCGCUGGCCGUGGGCACCCGAGGGACUCCUGCCCGGAAGGUGAAGAUGCACGGUACGAAGGGAUGGGAGAGGAUAGUGGUAGUGAGGAUAAAGGCCAGCAUGACGAACAGUAUGGUGAAGACUCUGAGCGAUCCGGUGGAAGGGAGGAAAGCGAAGUCGGUCGUGAUGGAGAAGGCCAAGGGGAUGGUGGUGGUGAGGGCUGGGAUUAG